UUGUACCAUCCGGCUGCCGGAAUCCCUGAGCCUCAGCCGCCGCCUCGCAAUGUUUCGCUGGAGCAUUAAUCGCUUUUGCGCUGGCGAAGAGAAACGAGUUGGGACACGCACCGUGUUGGUUGGCCACCGCCCUGUUUCAGAAACCGAUGCUUACGUCGAGCAGAAAUUCUGUGAUAAUAGAAUUGUCUCAUCCAAGUACACUGUCUGGAAUUUUCUUCCGAAGAAUCUUUUUGAACAGUUCAGAAGAAUUGCCAACUUUUAUUUCCUUAUCAUUUUCCUUGUGCAGGUCAUAGUAGAUACACCAACCAGUCCAGUAACCAGUGGACUUCCACUUUUCUUUGUGAUUAUUGUUACAGCUAUCAAACAGGGCUAUGAGGACUGGCUGAGACACAGAGCUGACAAGGAAGUAAAUAAAAGCAGCGUCUUCAUUGUUGAAAAUGCAAAGCAAGUGAAAAAACACAGCGAAAAAAUCAAGGUUGGGGACAUUGUAGAAGUGAAAGCAGACGAAACCUUCCCCUGUGAUCUGAUCUUCUUGGCAUCGAGUAAUGACGAUGGGAUCUGUUACGUCACGACGGCAAGUCUGGAUGGCGAGUCAAAUUUCAAGACUCAUUAUGCAGUGCGGGAUACGACUGAGCUCCGGACAGAUGAUGACAUCGACUCCCUUACUGCCGCAAUUGAAUGUGAGCAGCCUCAACCUGACCUCUACAAAUUUGUUGGAAGAAUUAACAUCUACAGAAGUAACCAGGAGCCUGUAGCCCGGUCUUUGGGUCCCGAAAACCUGCUGCUGAAGGGUUCUACUUUAAAAAAUACAAAGAAGAUUUAUGGAGUUGCGGUUUAUACUGGAAUGGAAACAAAAAUGGCUUUGAACUACCAAGGAAAAUCACAAAAACGUUCAGCUGUAGAAAAAUCAAUCAACGCCUUCUUGAUAGUGUAUUUAUGCAUCUUAGUGAGUAAAGCUACGGUGUGCACCACUCUGAAAUACAUCUGGCAGAGUAAUCCAUUUAAUGAUGAGCCAUGGUAUAACCAAAAGACAAUAAAAGAAAGAGAUACGUUCAAGAUCUUAAGAAUGUUCACAGACUUCCUGUCGUUUAUGGUUCUGUUCAAUUUCAUUAUCCCGGUCUCCAUGUACGUUACUGUAGAAAUGCAAAAAUUCUUGGGCUCCUUCUUUAUUGCUUGGGAUAAGGAGAUGUAUGAUGAAGAAAUCAAGGAAGGAGCACUGGUGAAUACCUCGGACCUCAACGAAGAACUCGGUCAGGUCGAGUAUGUGUUCACAGACAAAACUGGAACCCUGACUGAAAACAGCAUGAAGUUCAUUGAGUGCUGCAUAGAUGGACACAAGUACAAAGAGGGCAUUUCAGAGGUGGAUGGGUUCUCUCACACGGACGGACCUUCAAAAUAUUACGGGAAAUGUCGAGAAGAGCUGUUCCUCCGUGCUUUGUGUCUGUGCCAUACUGUUCAAAUCAAAGAAGGAGACAACGUUGAUGGAUUGAUAGUAAACCAGGAGCGCAGUACCUAUAUCGCCUCUUCACCAGAUGAAAUAGCGUUGGUAAAAGGCGCCAAAAAGUAUGGUUUCACUUUUCUAGGACAUGAAGCUGGUUGCAUGAAAGUACAAAACCAAAAGAAUGAAAUCGAAAAGUAUCAGCUUCUUCAUGUACUAAACUUUGAUCCUGUCCGCCGCCGGAUGAGUGUUAUUGUGAAAACCAGUACAGGAAAGUUCCUCCUAUUCUGUAAAGGAGCAGACUCUUCUAUUUUUCCAAGGGUGCAACAAGAUGAAAUACAACAAACUAAAGUGCAUGUAGAACGUAACGCAAUGGAUGGAUAUCGAACUCUUUGUGUGGCCUUCAAAGAACUAACUCAAGAGGACUAUAAAAAAAUUGAUGAACAGCUCAGUGAAGCGAAAAUGGCUCUACAGGACAGAGAAGAAAAGAUGGCCAGGAUUUUUGAUGACAUAGAGACCGACAUGCAUUUGAUAGGGGCUACUGCUGUGGAAGACAGACUUCAGGAACACGCUGCGGAAACCAUCGAGGCCCUGCAAACAGCAGGCAUGAAGGUCUGGGUGCUUACUGGGGACAAGAUGGAAACUGCAAAAUCCACCUGCUAUGCCUCCAGGCUCUUCCAGACAAACACUGAAUUACUGGAGCUGACUACAAAAACGAUGGGAGACGGUGACAGGAAAGAGGAUCGAUUACACGAGCUGUUGCUAGAGUAUCAUAAAAAGCUGCUGCAGGAUUUCCCCAAAAAUAGCGGAAAGCUUAAAAGGAGCUGGACGGUGAGCCAAGAAUAUGGACUGAUUAUAGAUGGCUCGACGCUGUCGUUGAUAUUCAAUCCUUCCCAGGAUUCCAGUUCCAGUAACUACAAAAGCAUUUUCCUACAGAUUUGCCUGAAGUGUACUGCAGUUCUAUGUUGUCGGAUGGCUCCUUUGCAGAAAGCCCAGAUCGUUAGAAUGGUGAAAAACACCAAGGGCAAUCCAAUAACACUAUCAAUAGGUGACGGUGCCAACGAUGUUAGCAUGAUCUUGGAAGCACAUGUCGGAAUAGGUAUAAAAGGCAAAGAAGGUCGUCAGGCAGCAAGAAACAGUGACUAUGCUGUUCCAAGGUUUAAGCAUUUAAGAAAAUUGCUACUAGCACAUGGGCAUUUAUAUUACGUGAGAAUAGCACACCUUGUACAGUAUUUCUUCUAUAAGAACCUUUGCUUCAUUUUACCACAAUUUUUAUACCAGUUCUUCUGUGGAUUCUCGCAACAGCCUCUGUAUGAUGCUGCUUACCUUACAAUGUACAACAUCUGCUUCACGUCACUACCUAUCCUGGCCUACAGUCUACUGGAGCAGCAUAUUAACAUUGAAACUCUGACCUCAGAUCCAAGAUUGUAUAUGAAAAUUUCUGAUAAUGCCAUGUUACAGUGGAAGCCUUUCUUAUACUGGACCUUUCUGGGCGCCUUUGAAGGACUUGUGUUUUUCUUUGGAGUUUACUUUCUUUUUCAAAAUUCAACAUUAGAAGAUAAUGGAAAGGUUUUUGGGAACUGGACCUUUGGAACUAUUGUUUUUACUAUAUUAGUGUUCACCGUCACUCUGAAGCUAGCGUUAGAUACUCGAUUCUGGACCUGGAUGAACCACUUUGUGAUUUGGGGCUCCUUAGCCUUUUAUGUCUUUUUCUCGUUCUUUUGGGGAGGAAUCAUAUGGCCUUUCUUGAAGCAGCAACGAAUGUAUUUUGUAUUUGCUCAUAUGGUGACGUCCGUAUCAACCUGGCUGGCCAUAGUUCUCCUUAUCUUUAUCAGCCUUUUCCCGGAGAUUCUUCUAGUAGUUUUUAAAAAUGCGAAAAGGAAAAACCAUCAGAAAAAACUGAGCAGUAGGAAGGAAUCUGAUUCACUGUCGUCCAGACCUUCUGUCAGACCUCUUCUUUUAAGAACAUUCUCAGACGAGUCUAAUGUAUAG